GAAAUCGCGAUCGUGCAUUGGGAAAAUCUUCUAUAUUUUUGGUUUUUCCGAUAAUGGAUUGGUGUUUGAUUGGCUAAAAUUAAACCAAACAUGGCGAAUCCAAAGAGACAGGAAGGUCGCGAGGAGAAUGUGUUAAAUAAAGUGGUUCUGUGGUGCUGUUGUGGGUUCUUCUUUGUUCUGUGUGGAUACGGUUUGUAUAGGCAGCACUGUUUGGAGCAGCGAGUGAUAGCGCUUGAGGAGAAAUUGAAAGAUUUGGAGAGGACAGUUCAACAACCGAUAGUGUCGAAAAAGGAGUCGGAGCUGUUGCGGAGGGAGAAGAGAGACGCCGAAUGUAAUUGUCCAGCAGGUACGUACAUACAGCAGAUGAUAGGCACACUUGGUAAGAUUUAUCUUAAUAUUUAUAAUACCUAUAUAACAUAA